AUGCAAAUAUUUCUAGUCGUAUUCUCUUUCAUCGGAUUCGAAACGGCGUUUCUGUCUUCGAUUUAUACUUCCUGUUUGAAUGCCACGAAUCUGUUGAUCAAUGGUAACGAAGCUAUUUUAGCCUAUAAUAUCCUCUUUAUUGGGUUUGGAGAAAUUAUAGCUGGUCUCUGUUUCGGAGCAGGGUUUGCCGUUUUAAAAGGUUUACGAUCUUUGUCGAUUGUAAUUAUCGGAACUGCAUUCCUCUUCCUGGCUUACCUAUUGAGCUUUUUGAAUCUGCCUGCAUAUUCCACGAUCGGUCCGACAAAUCAGACGGGAGUACUGUACCCAACGCUGGGAAUAUCAUUAGCCAACUCAUUUUUUAUCGGUAUUGGUGAUUCUUGCUGGCAAACACAAAUAUAUCCAAUGAUGGGCCAAUUAUUUGACGGCUCUCCGACAGCAUUCGCCAUCCAGCAAUUUUUCUUGACUUUCUCCUCAGCGGCCCCGUUCCUGUAUGGAUCCGUUCUACUAUUACCUUACCAAAUCUUAAUCCUUGCGAUAAUGUUGCUACUCGCCACCACGGCAUUUAUUUACCUAUCCGGGUACACGAACCUAAGCCAUAAUUACGGUGCUACUGUUGAAGCUGUUCCUGAA